AUGGCUCUAUCUAAGCUAAGGCUGGAAGAAGAAUCAUUUCCACCACAAGAAAUACAUUAUUUGAAAGACAUUAAAGUAGGAUCCAAUAAACCAGAACCGUUUUAUCAAAAUUAUGAACCAAAUGUUCCAAUUGCCAUAGAUUUAGGGACGUCUACUUGGAGAAUAGGUUUAACAAAUAACCCAGAACCAAAUAAUGUUUUUCCAGGUAUAAUUUCUCGACAUAGAGAUCGUAGAGCUUUAAAGACUUUGACCAUAAUUGGAAAUGACGUGUUUGGUGAUUCCGCAUUAAAAUCAACAAUGAAAACUCCGUAUGAUGGACCAUUAAUUACGAAUUGGGAUUAUAUUGAAUUUAUGUUGGAUUAUUCUUUUGAACAUUUGGGUGUAACUAGCACUAAUGGGAAAUUAAAUAAUCCCAUUAUAAUGACUGAACCAAUAACAUGCCCUUAUAAUCAAAGGAAAACAAUGUAUGAACUACUAUUUGAGGCUUACCAAGUACCAAAAGUUGCUUUUGGUUUGGAUUCAUUGUUUUCAUUCUACGAUAAUACAAAUGGUAAAUCUACAGGGUUAGUAAUAGGAAGUGGGAAUCAGCUGACGUCGAUUAUUCCGGUGAUUGAUGGUAAAGGAAUAAUGACACAAGCAAAAAGAAUUGAUUGGGGUGGAGAUCAGUCUCAACUGUACUUAUCAAGAUUGUUAAGCUUGAAAUACCCAUAUUUUCCAAAUAAAUUAAAUCAAAAUCAUACCACAAACUUAUUUCAAGACUUCUGUUAUGUAUCGAAAGACUAUGAUGAAGAAUUAAAGCAUAUAUUGGAUAUGGAUAUACUAGAGUCAAAAGAUGUUGUAGUUCAAGCUCCAGUUGAAAUAAAUGUGUCUACGGAACCUAAAAAGUCAGAGGAAGAGUUGGCGAAACAAGCAGAGAAAAGGAAAGAGCAAGGUAAAAGACUACAAAAGCAAGCUCAACAAAAAAGAAUUGAGAAAUUAAAUCAAAAACAGCAGGAAUGGGAUUAUUAUACAAAAUUUAAAGAAGAUAAUUCAUUUUUAAGUCCCGAAGAAUUUGAAGAACUUUUAAUAAAAGAUGGAUUUGAAGAUUUGGAAGAUUUUAAAAAAUAUAUGAAUUCUUUAGAUAGGUCUUUGAAAAGAGCAGCCAAUUUAAAUGAAGAUGGUGGUGAUGAUGAUGAUGAAGAUGAGGCAGAACCAGCAAAAACUUGGCCUCUAGUAGAUAUUCCAGAUGAUCAAUUGACAGAAGAUCAAAUUAAAGAAAAACGAAAACAAAAAUUACAUAAAGCAAAUGUUGAAGCUAGGGAAAGAAACAGAGAAUUGAAAAAGCAAGAAGAAGAAGCAAAAAUAAAAUUUGAACAAGAACAACAAGAAUGGAGAGAACGAGAUUUAGACGAUUGGAGUAAUACUAAAAAAGUUAAAUUAGCAGAAUUAAUUAGUAAAUUCAAAGAUAGACAAAAAUUAUUAGAGUCAAUGAAAGAUAGGAAAUCGGCAGCUGCUCAACAAAGAAUGAAAAAUAUAGCAGAUUUGGCGAAUGAUGAUAAUGGUUCAACCAAUGCUGCAUCUAGAAAAAGACGACGUAAUGCAAAUGCUACUAUUGAUAAUGACCCAACUGACAAUUUCGGUGCUAAUGACGAUGAUUGGAAUGCUUAUAGAGAAGUCUCCAACAAGAGUGUUGAAGAAGAAUUAAAUAAAAUAAAUGAUGAAAUAGUUGCAGUAGAAGAAGAAUUGCUCAAAUAUGAUCCAAAUUUUCAUCAUGAAGACACUUUUGCGGCUGCCAAUACAUUCGAUUGGAAAAAUUCGGUUCUACAUAAAUUUAUACAUGGACCAAGACCUAACAUAACCAUAGCCAUGCAAGCAGAAGGAUUAUCACCUGAAGAAAUUGCAAAUCAUCCUGAAAUAAUUCGAAAAAAUCAUCAAAUUCAUUUAAAUGUAGAAAGAAUAAGAGUUCCAGAAAUAUUAUUUCAACCAACUUUAGGAGGUCUUGACCAAGCUGGGAUAAGUGAGAUAGCGAAUGAUUUACUCGUUAAAAGACUAGGUGGUGAUUUUUCUAGUGGUGGAAUUUCUUAUAAAAUGGCUCAAAAUGUAUUUUUGACAGGAGGAUUAGCUUUAAUCCCAGGUUUUCAAAGUAGAAUUGAACAAGACUUUAGAUCAUUCCUUCCUACUGGUGUGCCGUUGCAUGUCAAAAGAGCAAAAGAUCCAUUAUUAGAUCCAUGGCAUGGAAUGUACAAAUGGGCAAAUAAUGAAGAAGAUUCACGAGACGCGUAUGUAACGCAAGCAGAGUAUGAAGAGUUAGGUCCAGAGUAUAUAAAAGAGCAUGGUUUGGGGAAUGCUUGUAUUUUGUAA